GUUGGCAGCAAAAACAAAAAUAGGAAGAAAAACGAACACGAUAUCAGUCUUAUCGAGCUCUCGUCAUCGUCCUCUCCGCCCCCUUCGCUCCUUCGGAAGAGCGAUAUCGCGCCGCUGGAUUGUUAUUCCCUCGAUCAUGACGCGCAUGCGCAUCCACAGCCAGUUGCAAUUUUGCAAGAAGACCGCACUUCCAAGACCCCGGGUCUUCCGGCUCGAAGUAGUAGAGUUCUCCUUCUCCCAGAGGAAGCCCAUAAUCAAUUUGAAUUUGCAGCGACCACCAAUGCUGAUGCAGCCGCAACUUCAUCCAAUCCAACAAGCAGCAAAAAUGCGUUGGCAACCGCGGAGAGGCUCAUGCAGGCAGCGGCAAGGGCCACGAAUCCCAAUGGACGGACCACCAAUGUCGCCCCAAGAAAACCAGAAAAAACUGUUCUCGGGCUACUGCAGGCGCGCGCGGAAACCUGGAAAAAUGAAAAGAAGCACGACGCUGUGAAGACGAAAGUGCUUCAGGGGGAUGUAGCAACUGCGCUCGGAGCUGCUGCUGCCCCUGUUCAGACGAAGAAAGCGCCAGAAGGCUUCAUCCGGAAGGAAGCAAACAACGAGUGGCCUGCAGUGAAACAACGACCUGCUGUAGGCACGAGCGAAUGUCGUACAGGCGCAGCUGCAACUGAUGAAAACAAUAAAUCUGCUAGUGCUAGUACACGACCUGCUGCAACAAACCAAUUUACACCGCAACACAUCGAAACUCGCCCCAGCGCGAAAGCAGUUCCGUCCUCCGAGCCCCCAAGAAGAACAGUCGCAGACGAGCCCGACAUUUUUCGGACAGUUGUGCUUUUCGAUUAUGGAUUGUAAAAAUGUCUGGGUCUGGAAGAAUGCAAGAUUUGUCAUGCAUAUUUCUCAUGACCAAUGAUGCCUGUAAUGCAUGCCCUAGCAUCACAGGUUUUUUGAGGGAUUCUUGAUGCCCAUUCCGCAUGACAAAUGCCCCCUCCGCGUAGCAAAAAUUAGACUCUGUUUGCUGCUCAUGCAACACAAAUUUUUUAGUCAUCGAAACGCAGCAUCACAAGUUGCAUUCUUCCAGACCCAGACAUUUUUGCAUUUGAUAUCGAUUCUAACAAAACCAUCACGGAGAAAAUCACCGUGGCCGAACUGGAGAAGCACUGCCGUGGCCGAACUGGAGAAAACCAUCAAGGGGAUGUAGCAACUGUGCUCGGAGCUGCUGCUGCGCCUAUUCAGACGAAGAAGGCGUCAGAAGGCUUCUUCCGGAAGGAAGAAAACAACGAGCCUGCUGUAAGCACGAGCGCGUGUCGUACAGGCACAGGCGCAGCUGCAACUGAUGAGAACAAUAAGUCUGCGAGUACUACUAGUACACGACCUGCAAUAUUAAACCAGUUCACACCGCACAUCGAAGCUCGUCCCAGCGCAAGAAAAGCAAUUCCGUCCUGCUCCGAGCCCCCAAGAAGAACAGUCGCAGACGAGCCCGACAUUUUUCGGACGGUUGUGCUUUUAUGAACUGCAAAAGUAUCGUACUCGUAUAAAUGCAUUACAAAUUUUCUCAGCAUGACAAAUAAAAUGGGUCUUCCGGGGCCUUCCUCAUCCGGUCCAUAGACAGGCGCUCCCAGUUCAUUGUGCCGUAAGCUCACUUGUUUUGGUCCUCCUGUGGUCGAGGCGUUUCCUCGGGGGUUGGGUUGGGCUUGGGGCGCCAGGCGUAUGGACGGCUUCUCAGCUACGUCGUGAUCGACAAACUGUGAUCGACGAUUACUAGUUGUGUUGCUGGUCCUGUGCCGGUCGCGGGGCAUGUUCGGGUGUUCCGGGCAGUGCCUAGUGCACCCCUCGGACCCCGCACCCCCCCGGGCUUUAGCUGCGCAGUCUGUUAAGCAUGACAAAUAAAAUGUGUAAUGCUGAUUUGCCUUAAGAGAGUGAGAGAUUGCAAGCCUUGCAUUUAUACGAAUACGAUACUUUUGCACAGGAUAGCUUUUCGACUCGAACAAAACCAUCACGGAGAAAAUCACCGUGGCCGAACUGGAGAAGCACUGCCCGGUGAACCUAUCAACUGUAAAAAUGUCUGGGUCUGGAAGAAUGCAACUUGUCAUGCUAAAUCUGAAUCAUGCAGAAAUCUGUGUUGCAUGAGUGCCAAAAGCAGUCCACUUUCGACCAAGUUUGGAGGGAGUUUCUCAUGCAGGAUAGGCAUUAGAAAGUUCUCGCAGAAUCUGUCAUGCUAGCUCCGGCAUUCCAGACCUCAUGGGUCAUGGAAAAGCAGCAUGACAAACUUGCAUUCUUCCAGACCCAGACAUAUUUGCAUUUGAUAGAACCUGAUGGAGAACAUUUUCGCGAAGGACUUUGCCGACGACCUCCUUACACGCUUCCUGGAAGUGACCUGGCGCCAAUCCAAGCGGUGGCUGUACGACAAGGAGAUCGUGUCUCACCGGCUGCAAACCGGAUUUUCCUUCGACCACCUACCGAAAAAUUGGAAAAACACCGAUUUUGGCGACCGUGUGGCGCACGUGCGGAACGUGAUCACGAAUCGCGUGCAACAGUUGCGCUCGGGCGCCGUGGCGAUCGGGUGUGAGAAAUUUCUUGUCGGGAACGAGAAAAGACCGCGAGACGAGGCUUGGAAGAGUCUUGGGGAGAGGACAGCAGUAGUUGUACCAAAAACGAUUAAUACUUCUGUCGAGAAGCCGGGGAAAAAUCCAAAUGAACCAACGACCAAUGGCAAUAGACGAGAAGAGCACCAAGCUUCAUCGUCCACCAGCACGACCUGUCUCCGCCUCCUCCGUCUCCAGCGUGCGGCUGCCGGUGCGAAUCUCUCCACCAUCAAACACUUUGGACAGUACAUUCCCGGUCCCGGUGCGCCGAUGUGGAAACCGGAUUUUUGCGUUUGCAACUACUACACGGCGAAGUCCGAUUUCCUGGGCGCGCACUCCGACCCCGUGCAGAGCAUCGGGCCCUGGGCUCUGGUGGCGGCCUUCACGCUGGGCGCAAGUCGGCAAUUCAAAAUGAAGCCUGUGAAUUACGUUGAGAUUGAGACCACACCUGUCGACGAUAAGAACAAGGAUCAGCGAAAGCUGCCGAAAAACACAUCAAAGAGCAACAUAGCGACACCAACAGCGAACAAAGAGACACCCUCAAGCACACAGAAGGGCCGCGUGACGUCCUAUGCGAUCCGCCUUCCCCACAAUUCUCUGCUCGUCAUGUGGGAGGGUUUCCAGGAGUUCUGGCGCCACGAAGUUCCGGUCGACAACAAACUGCACGAGCACCCGAUCAGCGGGGAGGGCCGGCUUUCCUUCACGUUCCGCGAGCGCAAUUACGACGUGAGCAACCGCGCGCCGAAUUGCCACUGCGGGAAGCGUAUCAAAUGUAAAAAUGUCUGGGUCUGGAAGAUUCUGAGACUUGUCAUGCAUGUUUUGCAUGGGCCGCAAUGUCUGUGAUGCACGCCCUAGCAUCACAGAUUUUUUGAGGGCUUCGCGAUGCCUAUUCCGCAUGACAAAUGCCCUCUCCGCGCACCAAAAAUUACAUUCCCUUUGCUGCUCAUGCAAUACAGAUUUUUUUGGAAUCCAAAUUCAGCACCACAAGUUGCAUUCUUCCAGACCCAGACAUUUUUACAUUUGAUAAAGCGGGCGAUGCUGAAGCCGGUUUUCAAAGCGAACCAGAAUCUCGGGCGGUACUUCUGGAGCUGCACCAAUCCGAGGACUGGGAGCGGUCGGGCGGGCGGGGGGAUAUCAACAGUAAAAAUGUCUGGGUCUGGAAGAAUGCGCGACUUGUCAUGCAGCUUUUCCAUGACCCAUGAGGUCUGGAAUGCAGGACCUAGCAUGACAGAUUCUGCGCGAUCUCUGUCUCUCUCAUGCCUAUCCUGCAUGAGAAACUCCCUCCCGACUUGGUCAAAACUGGACGACUUUUGGUAAUCAUGCAACACAGAUUUUUGCCUUGUUCAGAUUUAGCAUGACAAGUUGCAUUCUUCCAGACCCAGACACUUUUACACUUGAUAGGGGAAGGGCAAAGGCAAAAAGGAACCGGGAACUAACAACUUCGACCCGUCUAAGACGAAGCUGCAGACCUCCACGACGAGCAGUGCUACGUUAUCAACUGCAAAAAUGUCUGGGUCUGGAAGGAUACGAACUUGUGAUGCGUGUUGCGGAUCAUACGAAAAUCUGUGUUCCAUGACUUGCAAAAGGUGCCCAUUUCUAGCCAUACCGGGGAGUCAUUUCUCAUGCAGAAUAGGCAUCACCAUCACCAAGGGGCUGCAGAACCUGUGAUGCUAGGCCCGGCAUUACAGACUUGGCGGAGCUUGGAAAAACUGCAUGACAAAUCUCGGAAUCGUGAUCAUCCAGCCCCAGAAAUAUUGGCAUUUGAUAUACGUACACCAGCUGCGAAUUUUUCAAAUGGGACGAUGAGGUUCUAGCGGAGGAGAAGAAGGAGAAACUACAGGCGCAAAAAGCAAGGAAGACAGGAGCAUCAGCAACUUCAUCAAGUGGUUCUUCUGCAGCAGCUUUUGGUGGAAGUACUAGUACGACCAGGAUUACGACAGGAACUUCUGUGAAAACAGCCGGCACGACCGCGGGAAAGCCCUCCACGACGUCACAGUUUGCGCCGCCAACGUCGUGGGGCCAUUUUGGAGGAGGGAGUGGUGCCUCAUCUUCUUCAAGUUCAAGGACGACCAUGAUAAUUCCCAGCGGUCGUGCUAGGCCGGGUUUCGCUUCUUGUUCGUCCGGCGACGUCCCCGCUAUUUCGCAGUUCCAUCAGCCACUGCGGACAGCGAGUUCUGCGUCGUCGUCCUUUCCACAAUUCGCUUCUACUACGCCACUUGGCUUUGGUGCGCCGGUGCCGCAAACUACACCAGGCGUAGCAUUUGGUGCCGGGGCAACUUCGUUUCUCGCGCCGUCACUAGCACAGCGUUCGAGUGGUGGAACAGCUCUACUUACACAGCACAAAGAAUAAUUUUUCAAUGCCAAGCCUUGAGAUAAACAACCAAAGCAAUAAGUCAGCUCAACAAACGAC